AUGAAGGAGGCUAUUGCAGUCAUCCAGAUGCACAUUAGUUCUUGCUGGACCAAAGUGGUGCAUGAGGAGAGAGGCUGCUUAUGGAGACAUCUGUCCCUGUCAUCACAGGGCUCUGUGACCUUUGAGGACGUGGCUGUGUACUUUUCCCAGGAGGAAUGGAAGCUUCUUGAUGAGGCCCAGAGAUUCCUGUACCAUGAUGUCAUGCUGGAGACCUUUGCACUUGUUGCAUCAUUGGGGUGUUGUUAUAUAGCAGAGAACAAGCAGCCACCUUCUGAGCAGAAUGUUUCUGUAGAAGUGUGCACUUUCACCAGCACACUGGAGAGGAACUCUUUAGAAGAGAUGUGGAGAGUUCACACUGGAGAGAGACCUUAUGAAUGUGGAGAAUGCAGAAAAGCCUUCACCUAUAAACGCAUGCUUGUUCAGCAUCAGAGAGUCCACACUGGAGAGAGGCCUUAUGAGUGCAGUGAAUGUGGGAAAGUCUUUAGGUACAUCGCCAGCCUUAUUAAACAUAGAAGAAUUCACACUGGGGAAAGGCCUUAUGAGUGUAGUGAAUGUGGGAAGUCCUUUAGCCAAAACUCUAUUCUCACUACACACCAGAGAGUUCACACUGGUGAAAGGCCUUAUAAGUGCAGUGAAUGUGGAAAGUGUUUUAGCCAAAGCUCUACUCUUAUUAAGCAGUGCGGGUCCGGCCGGCCUCUGGAUCAGGACCUGGGGGAACCUCUGCAGACCGGGCUACGCGAGCCCGCGGCCGAACGGCUCACGCCCUCCUCGGGCCUCCCCACCCGGGAGACUCCCUUCCUGCUCCCCCCCGGCAACCGGAGGGACCCAGCCUCUUCCCUAUGA